AUGGAUGCAAUGCCUAGCCAUACGGUUGCCCCCGACAGCAGGCCUGCGGAAAACGCUGGCUCCAAGGGAGGUGAUGCCCUCCUGGAUGUGCUCAUGGUCGGGACCGGAGAAUAUACCACUGGCUUUGUGGGCGGAGGAGCUUCAGGCUCGGACAAGAAGGUCGGAGUGGUUGGUCUCACAAUGUUCGAUUUGCGACGGCGAGGAAAGGUAGGGAAGCUGUCCAUGGUUGGAACAUCUGGGCAGAAAUUCCCCGCAAUCCGCGAACAUCUUCACAAAAACAUCUCUCAAGUUUAUAACAAUCUUGACACCUCGUUCGAGUCCUACCCCGCCAAUGACGUCCGCGAUGCAAACGCCUACAAAGCUGCCAUCGAUGCCAUGUCCCCGGGAUCCGCAAUCACAAUCUUCACCCCCGACACCACUCACUACGCCAUCGCCCUCUAUGCCAUUGAACGCAAAAUCCACGUUCUCAUCACAAAACCUGCUGUGAAAACACUUGCACAUCACCAGGCCCUGGUAGCCGCCGCAAAAGAGCACGGGGUUUUCGUCUACAUCGAACACCAUAAACGAUUUGACCCUGCCUAUGCUGAUGCCCGUUUUAAAUCGCAAAAGCUUGGUGACUUUAACUACUUCUACAGCUACAUGUCGCAGCCCAAAAGCCAGCUCGAGACAUUUAAAGCUUGGGCCGGCGUUGAUUCAGAUAUCAGCUACUACCUAAACUCCCACCACAUCGACAUCUGCGAAUCGAUGGUUUCCGAUCUGGGCUAUACCCCCGUCAAGGUAUCCGCUUCGGCAUCCAAGGGCGUUGCUGUCGAGUUGGGCUGCGAUCCAAUCACCGAGGAUACCAUCUCCCUCCUCGUCCACUGGGUUAAGAAAUCCGACCCCUCGAAGCAUGCUACGGCCGUGUAUACCGCAUCCUGGACCGCGCCCCAAAAGGCAGGCGUGCAUUCCAACCAAUAUUUCCAUUACAUGGCCUCCUCGGGCGAGAUCCGUAUCGAUCAAGCGAAGAGAGGCUAUGACGUCGCCGACGAUAACCUGGGCAAUGGCUUAAUGUGGUAUAACCCCUUCUACAUGAAAUACGCUCCUGACGAGGAAGGGAAUUUCUCCGGCCAAGGUGGCUAUGGGUAUGUCAGUUUUGAGAAGUUUGUGGACGGGUGUCGGUUGGUUAACCGGGAGGGACCUAAGGCGCUGGAGAAACUGGAUCAGAGGGGUUUGCCCACGCUGGCAAAUACAAUUGCGACGACGGCCAUAUUGGAGGCAGGGAGAAGGGCUAUUGAUGAGGGGAGAGAAGUGGGUAUUAAGGAGACUGAGGCGGGAUGGGCAUUGGUUUAG